AUGUAUACUAUGAUCACUGGCUAUGGCAAGAUAUUGGAGCACACACAGAUUGGCGGCUAGGAGGUGACUGACUCAUGGGAAAUGCGAACGGCAAAGAAGACGACGUCGCCGCCGCCGCCAGCGGUGUGACCUCAUCUUCGGCGAGAUCCAACGGCGGCGAUCCUUCUGCACGCAGUCGUCAUCGUCGUCCUUCUUCAGAUUCUAUGAGCAGUUCUCCUCCCGGAAGUCCCGCUCGAUCUCCAUCUCCUUUCUUAUUCGCUCCUCAGGUUCCUGUGGCUCCAUUGCAGAGAGCAAACGCUCCUCCUUCUCCUAAUAACAUCCAAUGGAACCAAUCACAGAGAGUUUUUGAUAAUCCACCAGAGCAAGGAAUCCCUACUAUCAUUACUUGGAACCAAGGAGGUAAUGAUGUGGCGGUGGAAGGAUCCUGGGACAAUUGGAGAUCAAGGAAGAAGCUGCAGAAAUCGGGAAAAGACCACUCAAUUCUCUUUGUCCUUCCAUCUGGCAUAUACCACUACAAGGUGAUUGUCGACGGUGAAUCCAAAUACAUCCCAGAUUUACCCUUUGUAUCAGACGAAAUUGGCAAUGUCUGUAACAUUCUCGAUGUUCAUAACUUUGUGCCAGAAAACCCAGAAAGCAUAGUGGAGUUUGAGGCGCCACCGUCACCUGAUCAUAGCUACGGUCAAACCCUACCAGCCGCAGAAGAUUACGCGAAAGAGCCACUUGCGGUGCCACCUCAGCUUCAUCUAACACUUCUUGGCACCACAGAAGAAACAGCCGUAGCCACAAAGCCUCAGCAUGUGGUGCUUAACCAUGUGUUCAUAGAGCAAGGAUGGACUCCUCAAUCCAUAGUAGCUUUGGGUUUAACCCACAGGUUCGAGUCUAAGUACAUAACUGUUGUCCUCUACAAACCGCUCACACGGUAACCCUAAAAAUUCAGUGCCACAUUGUUCUCUCUCUUUUUUUUUUUUUCCAUAUCUCAAUUAUGUGAAACCUGUACUUUGUUCAUAGUGAGUGCCCAACAUUGAGUUUAUUAACCUCUUUCUUACCUGGUUUGUGGUGCUUGUGUACAAAGCUUCUCUCAUUGUAACAAAAGAAAAAACUACCAUUUUCGAUUGUACUCUUAUAUUUCCUGCAAAAACUGUGAAAUACAUUCUCUAAUAAUGGCUAGAAGAUUAU